AAAAAAAAUAGGAAAUGAAGAAAUAAGCAGGAAAUUUAUUAGACAUUUCAAUUUAUGGAUUUCUCAUUACUAUCACAUACAAGUUGGGUUAGGUUAGGUUAAAUUGUAAAAAAAAAAAAUACAUGCAAUUCAGGUUUCAAAAAUAACAGGAUUCGAUAAGCUUCUGGAAAACGGAUUAUUUAUUAUAGGUAUCAUUUAUGAUAGGAAGCACGAUUGCCUAUCACGAUCAGAGGAAUACAAUACCAUAUAUAGAGUAUCAUAUGUGGAAUAAAAAUUGCACUACUCAAAUUCAGUGACUUCAAUUAGCUGUUCAACUUGAGAGAUAGCCAAAUUUCUUAUACUUCAAUUACUUGAAAUGCAAAGUUAGAUAAAAAAUCAAAACAAAGAAUGACAACAGAAAAAGAAUCGACAGUGGAAUUACUACCAUGCAGCUUCAAGUUUCACAACUUUGUUGCCAAAAUCAGUGAUAUUAACAUUAAUUGCCAAAUAAUAAAGAUGGAAGAUUGCUUAUAUCUGUGGAUUGGAGAUUCCUCUAAUCCCAGCAUGGAAGACUUGGCCUUUGCUCUUAUAUCAAACUUUGAAAAACAACCUAUUACAACCAAGCUUAUGGGUGCUGUAGCAGAUACUACAUCUACAAAUAUGGCUAAGAGAUUAAGCAUGAAGUUUGGAAAACCGAUAUAUGUUAGUUUUAAUAUAACUGCAGACAACCUGACAUUGCCAUCAAUUGAAAAAAGAAUUCAAGAAGAGUUCAAGACACAUGCGGAUUUAUUGAGUUUUUGACUUUGGAUUAUCAAUAAAGAAUUCUUGGAAUAUUUAUUU